AUGGAUGCAUAUAGAUCACCAGGUCCUCCGCCUCCACCCGGACCGUCCGCAGCGGGAGGGACCAAGCGCGGCCGAGAGGGGAAGGAAAAGGAGACAUUCAAGUGUUCUUUCCCAGGAUGUGGGCAGGCGUAUAGUCGAAUGGAGUAUCUGAAGCGACACCAGAGGAAGCAUAUGGAUGUCCGGCCAUUUGCUUGUAAGGAUUGUGACAAGUCUUUUGCCCGCAGCGACGUGCUUCUCCGCCACAAACGGCGAUGCCAUCCUACCCCUCCACCAGAGUCUCGCUCGUCGCGCUCCCCUCCUCCCUCACUCCGCCCGUACCAAGGCGUUCCCGUCUCUUCUUCUCGGAAUGACUCGCGCGAACUCUCCCCCGGCAGAGAGCGCCGAAACACCAACGACUACUCGGCCCGCGCACACGAAGGCAGCCACAAGCGAACUCGUACCCGAACCCGGACCCGCACGGGGUCCGAGGAGGAGGAGGAAGACGCACAGCCCGAGCACGAGCGGGAAGUGUACGAUAUGGGCGGCGAGUACUACAAUCUCGGCGAAUCCAGCACGUACACCCCGCACCUGCUCCCCAUGUUUCAAAACCAGAACGGCAGCGACAUGGACGAUCAUCACCCAAUCCCAAAUCCCAGCUCUAACCACAACCAUCUGGAAGAUGCAAGCGUCCUCUUGUCGAUGGCGUAUCCCGGUGGUGUGCCUGGUGAUGGGAACCGAGGGGGUUCGGGGUCUGCCUCCCGCUCUUCUGGGUGGCGCGGACAGGAUGAGUCGGGAGAUGUCGAGCUCGGCGAGUCGGUCGGGAAUUUCCUCAGCAACAUGGGGUGGUUAGGCGAAUCUUCAAAUUCGGGAAAAGAUGACGGGGGUGGUGACGCCACUCAAUGCUCAAUAACUGACGAGCAGGUGUCUGCUGCCCCCGCAAUGACGCUGAACGAUGCGAUCGAUCCUCAGCUCAUCGGCGAAGCCCCGAAAACCCUCCCACCCCCCACUUCCAUUUCAGCUCAGCCUGCCCCAGAGAGCCAGCCUUUUCUUGGCUCACUCGACAUGAUGAACCCACCCUCACCAUCCGCGUCCCUCUCGGCCAUGUUCUCUCCGUCGGUCUUUGGCUACCCGGCCGUACCCCCGCUCGUCCAGGAGACAAGCGAGGAUAGUUCGCCCGACGACCCGCUCGAUGACUUUGCCGCCAACUCAGCGGCGGUCAUGGAACUCCUGGAGCAGCUGGGACAAUACCAGCCUCCAGAGAAGCGAACCAUCACGACCGACCCGGAGCGGCCGCUCAUCACUAUCGAGCAUAACAUCUGGCUUGACAAGGCUGGCAAGACCAAUGUCGACCCAAGCAGUCCUUUCUACCUCGAUCCAACUCGCUUCACCAAUUGCUACGAGAUCCCGCACUGGCGCAUGCCGCCUAUGCGGGUCCUGUCCAUGAUGGCGUCCAAGACGUACCAUACCGUCCUGAACCACUUUUCAUUCAUCCAUCAGCCCACAUUCAAGCUUCACGACACGGCCGCCUGUCUCGCCUUCGCCAUCUGCACCGUCGGCGGUAUCCGGUCCUCGGCAAAGGUCGACCAGGGCUGGGAGAGUUUCCUCCCUGCUCCAUUCCAGCCUGGUGCGCAUGUGAACGGACAAGGAAGGAUGGACGGCCCGGUCGUUCCCGAAGCGUCGUGGGAGAGUCUGUAUGCCAAGAAUUACGCGAGUUCGGGCAGGGGAAGUGCGUCGGGUUGGAGCUCGGGGUCGAAUGAUAGUAGUCCGGUGGAUGCGCAGAAGGAGCAGGAGGAGGAGAAGAGGAUGGUAGAGCAGUGGGAUGGAGCGAAUCUGGUCAGGAAUGACAAGACGAAUAUGCUCGUCAAGUCAUUCUCCCAGGCCAAGGGCGUGUUGAUGACCGACUAUAAUUGCGCGCUUUUGCAGGCUUUGGUGCUGUAUCAUGCGCCGUACUACUUGAGUGAGAAUGAGCAGGAGCGAUCGAUGGCCAACAUGUUCAUGGGCACCAUCGUCAAUAUCACUCGCCAGAUCGGCUUCCUCACACCCGAGCUCGAGCACUUUUCCACCUCCAUCACCUUCCCACGCGAGCCCUCCACUCCCAACGACAUGAACACCGCCUGGCGCCGGUGGAUCCAACUUGAGACGCGCCGCCGGACCGCCUACCUCGUGUAUCACCUCGACACGGUCUCCGCACUCGAAGCCAACAUCCCUUGUAUCCUCACUGCUUGCGAGAUGGGGCGUCUCCCCCUGCCUGCGCCCGAUACGCUCUGGAAAGCGCCGACUGCCGAGGCCUGGGCAGAGGCGGCCCGGUCAUACCGCUCCAUGACGCUCGACGAGGCGAUGCGGCGGGUUUUCUUCCUUCCCUCUUACGGCGCCUUCGAUACGCAGCACGCAGCGGCGGAUACGAAGUUCUACAAUCUCUUGAAUGAGCAGGCGUUUGGCCCGUUCGCGCGGGUAGCGAUGGUGCUCACGCUCGUAAGGGGCGUAAUGGACAUUGGGGAGGGCAAGCGGGAUCGAGGGGACUGGCGGGAUCUGACGGAUCUUUGGGUAUCGUGUAGUUGGCUCAAGCCGGGGAAGAGGAUUGUGGAUGGGGAUGGGCGGGAGGUCGGGGAGGUGACUAGGGUGGGGCUAAGAGAGAGGUUUGCGCUUGGUCUGGACAGGUGGCGCCAAGGUUGGGACUUUGACCCGUUAUGCUCGAGCAUGACUGGCUCCCCCGCAAACGGCGUGAAUGGUAACGUCAACGCAGGAGCGAAAGCCUGCGCCACACUGAUGUACUGCGAGGAGGCCCUCCCGUACUACUGGCUCGCCCAAGCACUACUCGGUAUCCUCAACUCCUCGCCCCCCGCUGAGCCCGGCUACAACUCCUUUCGCGGUCUCAAAUACAGCGAGAUGCUCAAGUCCGCCCGGACAUUCACGCGACUCGGCGAAGGGGCUUGCGGAACCGCUUCAACAACUACGGACACCGUUGUACCGCCAAACCUUGCCGCAGCUUUGGGGACGACAGGACUUCCGUCUGGCUUUGACUUGCAAAACUUCGUCAUGCCUCUCUCGGGAGAUGGGACGGCGAAUGGUGCCACGGGUGGAAUGAUGGAUAUGACUGGGCUUGGCGGGAUCGAUCUGAACCUUCUGGACGGGAUGGGGAUGUCCGAGUGGGUGUGA